UUUCCUUCCUUUUUCUGUUCCUACCUCAUUUCAUCUCUGCGCUACAACUUGAGAAUAGAGACCCAAAACCUUUAAAAUCAAGGCUAAAACACUAUUUCUCGCAAUGCAGAGACUCUUCUCCCUCAAGGGCCUCUCCAAGAUCACCAGAAAUCUCCCAAAUCCCUCUGAAACCUUCACCCUGCCGCCCCACCACCAUCUGUUUUCUCACUUCAACACCUCUUGCUCGCGCCCACAUUCAUGGACGGCCCCGAAUUUGAAGAGCUAUCAUGGGCUGUUUUCAAGCUCACUCCCCAAAAACCCAGUCUUGAGAAAUGCCCUUUUGAAGAGUGGCCAAUCCAACGCUGUUGCUGAAACGCAAAAUUGGCUCCUCCGCUUUCGACUUCCUCGACGAAAUUUCCGUUCCGAUUUCUCGUCGUUUUCCAAUCGAUAUACCCGGGGAUCAUGGUUUCAAGGUCUAACACCUGAUGGAGUUGUGAUAGGUUUGAUUCUGUCUAAUGUGGCUGUUUUUCUAUUAUGGAGGGUUGCUGAUACUGGAUUCAUGUUGAGGAACUUCACUAUUUCAGUCGACAAUUUUACAAGUGGACGGCUGCACACAUUGGUAACCUCUGCAUUCAGCCAAGCUGAUCAGUGGCACCUUAUCUCUAACAUGGUUGGACUCUACUUUUUUGGGUCAAGCAUAGGAAGAACCUUUGGCUCUGAAUAUGUUUUGAAGUUGUAUCUAUCUGGGGCAGUUCUUGGCUCAGUCUUUUUCUUAGUCUAUCACGCCUUUAUAGCUCCAUCAAUGCAGGCACAAAGGAGCCGAAUACCAACACUGGAUUCUUCAAGAGUACCCGGAAUGGGAGCAAGUGGGGCGGUGAAUGCAAUUAUGCUGCUUGAUAUAUUCCUCUUCCCCAAAAAAACCUUAUAUUUUGACUUCAUAAUACCAGUUCCCGCAAUCUUAUUGGGAAUUUUUCUUAUUGGAAAGGAUGUGCUAAGAAUAUUGGAGGGCGAUCACCGUGUCUCUGGAUCUGCUCACCUGGGAGGGGCUUUUGCAGCUGCUAUAGCGUGGGCACGAAUGAGACGGGGUCGAUUCAGAUUUUAGUUCCAUGGGAAGUAUACAGAUCCUGCAGAAAUUUCAGUGUUUUAGACAGGACAUUUGAAUGUAAUGUAGAUUUCUGGUUCUAUUUUUCACUCAUCUUCACAGAUUAUUUGACAUUCAGAAAUGUUGGAUAUUCUUCAUGGAUUAGUUAAAUUAGCCUUUUUUCAAGAAUUA